AAAAAGCCCCCAUCAAAUACAGCCUAAGUAAUUUGCCUUUUCUUCUAUAUUGCCCUACAAAUAUUAAUAAUUUCCAUCAGUAUCAGCUUUUUCCAGUUUCAGGCUUCAUCUCCAAACUGAUCAGAAAGCAGUUUCAGUCUAACAUUUAAGCCUUGUCUGAUCUCUUCUCUUUGCUUCAAAACUGGUGGGGAUGGAGGAGAAAAAGAUAGUUCUCACGAAGCCAUACUUUUCGUUAGAUGGAGACUCAUGCGGUGAUCACAAGGCUCCCAAUCUGAUCCAACGGGUCCUUAGUCUCUUUAAAAAUGUACGGCCAGGAUCAGAUCUCACUAAAAUGCAGUUGCCAGCCCAUUUCAAUGCUACAAAGUCAUUUCUGCAGUAUUUUGGUGAGUCAAUAUAUUGCGUUGGAAGUGAUAUGUUGGGGAAAUGCAACAGUGGGGAGAGCCCAUUGGAGAGGUUCAUAGCCGUAGUGGCAUGGAGUAUUUCAACUAUGCGCCCUAUGAUAUUUGGAUUUGCUCCUUACAAUUCCAUUCUUGGUGAGACCCAUCAUGUGUCAAGAGGAUCCCUCAACGUUCUUCUUGAGCAGAUUUCACAUCACCCACCAGUUACUGCCCUGUAUGCAACUGAUGAGAAAGACAACCUUGAAGUUCUAUGUUGUCUACAUCCAACUCCCAAAUUUUACGGCACUUCAGUGGAAGUCGUAAUGCAUGGAAAAAGGAAGUUGAAGCUCCUUAAUCAUGGAGAAACGUAUACAUUGAGCUCUCCAAAAAUCUGGGUAAAGUUCUUGCCUGUUCCUGCAAUUGAAUGGAUUGGCACUUGCGGAAUCCGAUGCCCGGAGACGGGUCUUGAAGCCGAGUUAACCUACGGAGGAAAAUCGUUUUUAGGACUCAGAGGAAAUGCCAGAUCAAUCAAGGGAAAGAUCUUUGAUUCGUCUUCAUUGAAGCCUCUUUACGAGAUUGGUGGCCAUUGGGACAGAACUAUUACACUGAAGGACCUUGAUAGCGGUGAAACCAGAGUUAUAUACAACGCAAAAGAAGUCCUCUGCGGACUUAAAACUCCAAUUGUUAAGGAUCCAAAGGGAGUGUUGCCAAGUGAAGCAGCCGUAGUAUGGGGUGAGGUGAGCCAAGGAAUAUUAAGUGGAGAGUGGGGAAAAGCAACAGAAGCAAAAAAGACUGUUGAGGAAAGACAGAGGGAGCUUUUGAGAGAGAGAAAAUCAAGAGGUGAAACAUGGAUCCCUAAGCAUUUUAUUGUGUCUUAUAAUAAGGAAGAUGGGUGGGACUGCUCACCAAAGGAAAAGAUUGUCCCACCAGCUUCAAUUGUUGUACCCUUUUAACUGUUGAUAUAUAUAUAUAUAUAUAUAUAAACACACACAUAUAUA